UUUUUUUUAUUUUUUUAUUUUUAGAAUAUUUAAAAAUGUUAUUUAAUUUCUACAAACCUAUUCAAUUUUGUUUUCCGGCAUCUACACGUGGAUUGAUUUUAUUGCUUUCCUUUGCUGUUGUGAGCUCUUUAUUUGCCAAUUUGCAAUUAUUUAAUUUGGCUGUGCUUUAUACAAAUCAGGAUGAACAAAGGCUUUUUGUUUCGAAGGAACUUUUUGGUGAUGGGAUUCAAACUAAAGGAAUUGGAAAUGUUAAUUGGCAAACAACCUUCCCUACACCUAAAAAUGAAGAAGAAGAAAAAAAUAUUUUUGUCAAACAAAAACAACAACACUUUACAAAUACAGUCGUGGAAAAAAGUAUGGAAGCGCUAGAAAAUUUUUUCUUAAUUCUUGAUUUUUCAUUCAAAAAAUACGUUCUAUAUACCAAUCGAAAGCUCUAUUCGUAUCUCAGUUGA